AUGGACAAACACAGGCUCUGGUCAAGGGACGCCGUCGCCGCUGCCAUCCUCGACGGCGACACCCUCAUCGUCUUCCGCGACCACCUCCUCAAAAUUCCCGACAAGUGGCUCAACGCCCACCCAGGCGGCAACCUCGCUUUGCUCCACUUUGUCGGCAGGGACGCCACCGACGAGGUUGAGGCAUACCAUCUCGACGAUACCCUCAAACUCGUUCCUCGAUACUCCGUCGGACGUGUCGUGAACUCCACAGAACACCCAUGGAAGCCUUUCCUGCCACCUAUCAUGGCGGGUUGGGUCAGAAAACGCGACGCCCAAGGAAACCCCUAUUGGUUUCGGGAAGCCCAUGAGCAUCGGCCCCGGAAUAAUGCUACAUCUUCCUCCCCUGCUUCCGAAGUCUUGCUCGUGCCCAACAACUCGUCACCAAGCCCAGAGAAGGGUCCUACACUUGCCACGAUAACACCACCGGCCUCUGACCUGUCGCCAGCGGUCCAGGCUAGGCACUCAAAAGCUUACAAGGAGCUGCACAAACGUAUAACCGAGGCUGGCCUCUAUUCAACACGGUAUAUCACAGGUUAUGGCCCAGAAAUUCUGCGCUACACUUUCUUUGCGUGCGCGUCCGUCUAUGCCUACUGGCACCAAUGGUUCAAGACCAGCGCCCUCUUUCUAGGCUUGCUCUGGCACCAGCUCGUUUUCUCAGCCCAUGAUCUAGGCCACAUGGGUGUUACUCAUAAUUGGGCUAUCGACCGAAUCAUUGCAAUUAUUAUUGCUGAUUUCAUUGGUGGGCUUAGUAUUGGGUGGUGGGUCAACAAUCACAAUGUUCAUCAUCUUGUUACCAAUCAUCCGACCCAUGAUCCCGAUAUCCAACAUAUCCCUUUCUUCGCCAUCUCUACCAACUUCUUCUCUUCGCUGUGGUCGUCAUACUACAAACGGACGAUGGUUUUCGACCGGUUCGCAAAGUUCUUGAUUUCUAUGCAACACAAGCUAUACUACAUCAUCAUGGCCUUCGCGCGGUUCAAUCUCUACGCCAACUCGUACAUCUUCCUAUACCAAAAGGCAUUCGAUACCCGACGCGCUAGAGGAGGUACCUGGGCGUUCCGUCUGGAAAUCGUUGGGUUGAUCUUCUUUUGGAACUGGUACCUCCGCGUCCUGUACAACACCGGCUCGUGGCAAAACGCUAUCGUCUAUCUCCUCAUCAGUAACAUCGUGCCCAGUCCUCUACACGUGCAGAUCGUUCUUUCCCACUUUAGCAUGUCGACUACCGAUCUGGGACCCACAGAAUCCUUUCCUCACCGCCAAUUACGAACCACUAGCGACGUCAUUUGCCCGGAAUCGCUUGCCUUCAUUCACGGCGGUCUCCAUCUUCAAGUCACCCACCACUUGUUCCCCCGCCUUCCCAGGCACAAUCUGCGCCAGGCAAGCCUCCUCGUGAAAGAAUACUGCGAAGAACAAGGCUUGGCUUAUAACGAGUUUGGUUUCAUCGAGGGCAACAAGGACGUUCUUGGAGUUCUUCGCAAUGUCGCUGAGCAGGUCAAGAUAGUUGGGAAGGUUGCGAAAGCAGAGGUCGUUGAGGCGGUCGAAAAGAGUAUUGACGGAAUGGUCAAGGAGAACUAG